AUGUUGGAGGAGUCUUUUGGCAAGAACUUCUCCCACAGCACCUUUGUGUUCAGAGGUUUUCCUGAGCUGCAACGACAUCGCCGGCUGCUGGCGCUGCCGUUCUGCGUCUCCUACCUACUGGUGCUGCUGGGAAACUCUCUGCUUGUGUACGUGAUCCAAAGCGUGGAGAGUCUGCACAGCCCCAUGUACCUGCUCGUCUGCACGCUCUGUGUUGUCGACAUCUUUGUGGUGACAGCCAUCAUCCCUAACAUGCUCCUCAGUCUCCUCUUUGACUGGGACCAGAUCUCAUUGAGUGGCUGCUUGACUCAGAUGUUCUUCACUCACUUCUUGUCUUCACUAGAGUCCACACUGCUGCUGGCAAUGGCACUGGAUCGGUAUGUAGCCAUCUGCCAGCCACUUCAUUACACCAAAAUCAUUGACUCGUCCAUGUUUGUGAAGCUGCUGCUCUUCACUUUGGUGCGCAGCGGCUCCAUUAUGGGCACGCUGGUCGGUUUGGCAGGAUCUCAGCGGUUCUGCAGCUCUAAUAUUAUCCUGCAUGGCUACUGUGACCACAUGGCGCUGGUCAGUUUGGCAUGUGACAGCACAGUGAGAAACAAUACGGCAGGCCUCGCUGUGAUCGUCUGCUUUGUGGGUGUUGAUAUCCCGCUAAUUAUCUUUUCCUACAUGAAGAUCCUGAGCGUGGUCCUGCGGGCAGCGGCAGCUGGUGAGGAUCGAUGGAAGGCAUUUCACACCUGUGGCACUCAUCUGAUGGUCAUGAUGUGUUUUUACCUGGUGGGAAGUGUCACAUUCCUCUCUCACAUACUGAACAUCCCCAUACCGACAGAUGCCAACACCUUCAUGGGGCUCAUGUACAUCCUGUUCCCUGCAACUAUAAACCCUGUUAUAUAUGGCAUUAGGACCAAAGAGAUAAGAAACGGAUUCUUCAGGAUUUUUAAAAUCAGAGCCAAUAAAUCAAUGUCCGUAAAGGUUUCUCCUGCUGGGAGAACAUAG